CCGGGGGAGCGCGUCGGGCGAGGCACCGGACGUCGCGGCGGUGGCGGCCGGGCGGUGAAGCUGGAGCGGCGGUGGCGGCGGCGGCCGGAGGCCGGGGCUGGGGCUGAGGCGGGGGUCGGGGCUGCAAGGCCCGCGGGGCGGCAGGCGGCGGCGGCCCGGGGCUCAAGCCCGGAUACGGGAGCGGCCACCAUGGCCGAGAGCAUCAUAAUUCGUGUUCAGUCCCCAGAUGGGGUGAAGCGGAUCACAGCAACAAAGAGAGAAACAGCUGCAACAUUUUUGAAAAAGGUCGCAAAGGAGUUUGGCUUCCAAAAUAACGGCUUCUCAGUUUACAUCAAUAGAAACAAGACUGGAGAAAUAACAGCGUCAUCUAACAAAUCCCUCAACCUGCUGAAGAUCAAGCAUGGAGAUUUGUUGUUCCUGUUUCCCUCGAGCCUUGCUGGACCGUCGUCUGAGAUGGAGACAUCGGCUCCACUGGGGUUAAAGGCCUCUGGUGCUCCCAGCGUGGUGGAAGAUGAGAUCGACCAGUACCUCAGCAGGCAGGACGGGAAGAUCUACAGGAGCCGUGACCCACAGCUGUGCCGACAUGGGCCUCUGGGGAAGUGCGUGCACUGCGUUCCUCUAGAGCCUUUCGACGAGGACUACCUAAAUCACCUGGAGCCUCCCGUGAAGCACAUGUCCUUCCACGCCUACAUCCGGAAGCUGACUGGAGGGGCCGACAAGGGGAAAUUUGUUGCCCUGGAGAACAUCAGUUGCAAGAUUAAAUCAGGGUGUGAGGGACACCUUCCGUGGCCUAAUGGCAUCUGUACUAAGUGCCAGCCAAGUGCCAUCACGCUGAAUAGACAGAAAUACAGACAUGUGGACAACAUCAUGUUUGAGAAUCAUACAGUUGCUGACCGCUUCCUUGACUUCUGGAGGAAGACAGGGAACCAGCACUUCGGGUACUUGUAUGGACGGUACACAGAGCACAAAGACAUUCCUCUUGGUAUCAGGGCUGAAGUGGCUGCGAUUUAUGAACCUCCUCAGAUUGGUACACAGAAUAGCUUGGAGCUUCUUGAAGACCCAAAGGCUGAGGUGGUUGAUGAAAUUGCUGCCAAACUUGGCCUGAGGAAGGUUGGCUGGAUAUUUACAGACCUUGUCUCGGAAGAUACCCGAAAGGGUACAGUUCGAUAUAGUCGAAAUAAGGACACCUAUUUCCUGAGUUCAGAAGAAUGUAUCACUGCAGGAGACUUUCAAAAUAAGCAUCCCAACAUAUGUCGACUCUCUCCAGAUGGACAUUUUGGAUCCAAGUUUGUUACUGCAGUGGCUACAGGUGGCCCCGACAACCAGGUGCACUUUGAAGGGUACCAGGUGUCCAAUCAGUGCAUGGCGCUGGUCCGAGAUGAGUGCCUGCUGCCCUGCAAGGACGCCCCUGAGCUCGGCUACGCCAAGGAGUCCAGCAGCGAGCAGUACGUGCCUGAUGUGUUUUAUAAGGACAUAGACAAGUUUGGCAACGAGAUUACCCAGCUGGCUCGCCCCCUGCCCGUGGAGUAUCUGAUCAUAGACAUCACAACAACUUUCCCCAAGGAUCCAGUUUAUACUUUUUCUAUUUCACAAAAUCCAUUUCCUAUUGAAAACCGGGAUGUAUUGGGUGAGACACAGGACUUCCACAGCCUGGCCACCUACCUGUCCCAGAACACCUCAUCCGUGUUCCUGGACACUAUCUCGGAUUUCCACCUCCUGCUAUUCCUGGUCACCAAUGACGUCAUGCCUCUGCAGGACAGCAUCAGCUUGCUGCUGGAGGCCGUGAGGACCAGAAAUGAGGAGCUCGCCCAGACGUGGAAGAAGUCUGAGCAGUGGGCCACCAUCGAGCAGCUCUGCAGCACAGUCGGUGUGCAGCUUCCAGGCCUCCACGAGUACGGAGCCGUCGGGGGCUCUGCACACACCACCUCGGCCGCCAUGUGGGCCUGUCAGCACUGCACCUUCAUGAACCAGCCAGGCACCGGCCACUGCGAGAUGUGCAGCCUCCCCAGGACCUAGGGCUCCUGGGCCCUGCUGCCCAGACUGGGCCCACCCUAGCCCUCUCUGAAGCCAGGGUUGUUGCAGCCAUGCCCCACCGCAGGCAGCCCUGAAGGCGAGGCGGGGGCGGCUGCCCUGGGGGUCUCUGACCCAUGAAGCUUCUCAGCACCAGGCUUCCCUGGAGGGAGGGAGCCAGGCUGGUGCUCUGUGGGCUGAAACCAGUCUCUUGCUGGAGGCACCAUAUGGCCCCAUCCGGAUGCCCUGCAGCAGCUCCCACUGUGGUAGAAGGACUAGGUGCCUCUAAAUCAUCACCUGGAAUUGAGGGGGUGGGAGGGCUUGCUGGCACCAUCCAGCUUUCUUUUUUCCUUCCUUUUGGAUGCUUUUGGUUCCUGCCCCUCCCAUGUUUUUGGUUGGGAGCUCUUGGUGACCUCUGUACCCCGUUGCUCUGGGGCAGACCCUGCCUGUGAGGGCCACCUCUUCCCCUUCCAGUAGCCAUCGUGCGGUGGAAAUGCGUGGCCACGGGCUCGCUGGUCUCCCGUCCGCUUGGUCUGCAGGUGAAUCUGCUGCCCGCCCUUUCCUGCUCUCACCCAGCGUCCAGGGGGGAUUUUAAAGUCUGCUUUGGUUGUAAUAACAGUUAUCAGUAAUUCCUGCAAAGAAGACUUUUAUUUAUUUUUUUUAAGAUAAAAACUGCAUAAAAGGAGAGUGAGAGACUAGUUUCCACCUUCGUCCCUCCUUUAAUGAGUCCCUGGAGGUGUGUGCAGGCUGGAUGGGUGGACGGGGGACCCACAGUCAGGUCUUCUCACAAAUGAACCUCAGUGCCUGAGACUUUCCUGCCAAGCCACACGGCUGGGACAGGUGCAGACCCAGGUAGUCCAAGCAGGAACCUAGUGCUGGCUCCCACUGAGCAGGCAGCCUCUCUGGGGGGCCAGCACUGCUGACCAGGCCUGCAUGGGGUGAGCUGGGUGGCCCAGGCAGGGCUGGAAGCUCUGGUCCCCUUCACCCCACACACCAUUCCUUCCUGUUGCCCUGCCCGGGCCCUGGCCUCUGGCACGGUGAUGUGGCCCCGGUACAGGCCAGGCCACAGUACAGCAGCUGUGGGGCUGCUGCGGGGACGUUGGAAAGUACGUACUGUGCUGAGGUAUGGGUCCAGGCUAUCCCAGGACAAAGGUUGUGGUCAGACUUUGCAUGUGCUCUGGGGUCCCUGCGUUUCCUCUGUGGUUGGGCUCCGGUCUGGCCUUUCUCCGGGAGCCAUGGACAUCCUGAUGCCUCUUUGCCUUAACAAGAGCCGUA